AGUCUGUUAAUUUCCGCAGGUAAUAUUAUCUGAGUGGGAACGACGAUGUCGAAGAGACGCUGAGCGAGGAAGAAGGAGGACGAAUAGGAAGGAUGAAGAGUCUCGUCGGUAUCAUGUGGAUCGUCCUGGUGCUGAUAUCAGGAUGCUCCGGGAAUCCUGACGCGAAACGCCUGUACGAUGACCUCCUGAGCAACUACAACAAGCUGGUGCGACCGGUGGUGAACGUGACGGACGCCCUCACCGUCAAGAUCAAGCUGAAGCUGUCCCAGCUCAUCGACGUCUUUUUCGUCAAUUUCUGAACAACCCCU